GGUUUACUUACACUCCUCCCACCACUGAGGAUAGAUAUUUGCUCUUUGUUGAUGAGUUACAUGGACGCUUGGUUACUCUUCUUGGAGGACGUGCAGCUGAAGAAGUUGUUUAUGCAGGCCGUGUGUCAACAGGUGCACUUGAUGAUAUAUGGCGAGCAACAGACAUGGCCUACAAGGCAGUGGCUGAGUAUGGUCUUAAUCAGACAAUUGGCCCCAUUUCUUUGGCAACACUUUCUAGUGGUGGGGCUGAUGAAUCUGGGGGAGCUAUUCCUUGGGGAAGGGAUCAGGGGCAUCUUGUCGACCUUGUUCAAAGUGAGGUUAAGGCAUUGCUUCAGUCUGCCCUUGAUGUGGCACUCUCUGUUGUGCGAGCUAAUCCUACUGUUCUGGAGGGGCUUGGUGCACAUUUGGAAGAAAAAGAGAAAGUAGAGGGUGAAACAUCUCUGAUCAAAUCUGAGAAAUUCAACACAAACCCAAAAAACAUGAGCAAGAGAUAUGAGUUCUAG